CCAAGAAACGACCAUAGGCAACUGUUUAAGGAACGGACCACUACUUUGUCACUGCUACUAUGCCUUAUGGUAGAGUGUGAAGAAUGGGAUUUAACUGAACCGAACUGAAGUACUGACGGAGGAGUGCUGGGAGUUAUCACUCUGGCAUGUGUCUUUAGUGUUAUCAUGGUGAGGCUACACUUGUGUGGCAGGAUGAAAAUACGACACAUCAAGGUUCUGCUGCUCCUCUCUGCCGGGCUGUGCGUGGUUUCCUUCUUCCAUUUCUACAAGACCCUUAACCACAUCCCUCUGUUCAAAGAACUGUCCGAUUCCCAGGCGGGCUUGAAGCACUUGGCUGCUCUGGGCAACUUCAUUUGGGAGGACAAGGUAGCUGGAAGAUCGAGUAUCUCUAAAUUUUGGGGUCAAGGUCAGGGCUUUAUGGUGUGGAGGCCGAAUGCUGUGAAGAAUGACACAGAAAAGGAGGAUGUGGGGAUGUAUAAACCAUUUCCUCCAAAACCACCAGGGCCCAUGGGUGAGCUUCACCUUCACAUUUUCCAACUCCAAGAUGACACCACAAGUUACUUUGUGAGGACCAGAUCUGGGGGAAAGUGCUUUCGGAGAGGAACAAAACUAUCCACCAAGGAAAGUUUAGUUGAGAACCAACCCAAGGAAAUCAAUACAAACCAGCGAGCACUUCUCAGCGUCGAAUCAAAAAAUAUGAGCUCCGGCCCGGCACAGAAUUCAUCUGCUGUUAAGAGGUUAGUGAAGUGCAGAUGUCUUCAAGGUUGGCAUGGCGACCACUGUGGAAUCCCAACUGUAGUUCAGCAUUCGAACCUGCCCACCAAGAGCAGACUGGUGCCGCGGGAAGUGCCCCGUCGAAUCAUCAACGCCAUCAACAUCAACCACGAGACUGAUCUGCUCCACGCCCGCUUCCAUGAGCUGGUUGAUGUGGUGGACCUCUUCAUGGUCUGUGAGUCCAACUUCACUGCAUACGGCACUCCCCGGAAGCUGCUGUUCUUCGAGCAACUGAUGAACGGAACCUUUGACUACGUGCGGCACAAGAUACUCUACAUCUUCCUGGACCAUUUCCCCAAGGGUGGCAAGCAAAACGGCUGGAUCGCCGAUGAUUACCUGCGCACGUUUCUCUCGAAAAAUGGCCUGUCCCGCAUGCGCGGCGCGCGGCCGGACGACGUCUUCAUCAUCAACGACGCAGACGAGAUCCCAGUGUGGGAAGGCAUUGUCUUCCUUAAGCUCUUCGAUGGCUGGACGGAACCGUUCGGGCUGCACCUGCGUAAGUCCAUCUACGGGUUCUUUUGGAAGCAGCUGGGCACCUUGGAUGUGUUGUCCGGCUGCACUGUCAGGAUGCUCUUUGAUGUUUAUAAAGGCAACGGAAUCUAUUUACGACGGCGUGAUUACUACUCCAUGCCCGGUUUCCGCACUUACGAAAACAACACAGGCCGUAUUUUGGUACCCUGGUCGAUCGGGAGUCCGAUUCACUAUGCUGGCUGGCACUGCUCCUGGUGCUUCAAGCCUGAGGGCAUCUACUACAAGCUUGUCUCAGCGCAAAAUGGUGACUUCCCGCGGUGGGGCGACUUCGAGGAUAAACGCAAGCUCAGCUACAUCCGCAGGUUGAUAAGAACUGGAGGCUGGUUCGAUGGGUCAGUGGGACACUACCCACCCACAGACCCCAAAGAACACAUGUAUGCUCCCAAAUACUUUUUGGACAAUUAUGACCAGUAUGAGUACUUGCUUAGGAACAUCUACACAAAGACUGAACAGUCCUUAACAGUCACUGAAUAGUGAGUGACUGAGCAGGCAGUCAGAUUAUGCAGUGUGCCUUUGGAAUUUAGGGAAUGAUUUGACUGCCUGUAUCAAUAUUCUUUAUUUUUCUAAAUUGGUUUGCAGCUUAGUCAAUGAAGGAUCAACCUAUGCUGUUGUGAAAAGGAUUCUCUCAGGUUGGUCCACAUAUGCACAAUGUAGUUUAGUAAUUAGCUUUUUUUUUGUAGGGCCUAAACUCUAAAUCAGUCAAAAUGGAGGCUGGAAAAUAACAACACCACAACAACAGCAAGGGGUUGUCCAGAACUCUGUGUCCAUUUCUGUCAGGAUCCUGCCUGGACUGACUGCCUUUGUGCCAUCCUGGUGGCCAUUUUGUAUAAUGUUCUGUGUUCAUGUGCUUGUUGCCGUUUCCCAUGCGCUCUCUGUUUACCUGUCUGUUGUCAUGUGACUGUCUCUGCCCCUCCCCUUAUUUGGUCUGUACCAAAGUCCUUUUAGUCAAGCCAUAUUGUAAUGCUUUUUGGGCACUUAUCGGGGAUUUUUUUAGGCAGAAAUGCGCAUGAUGUAUUCACAACACACCACAUGAUUGGCACAAUGUAUUUACAUGUCAACAUUUUUGCCAUGGAAGGGGCG